AUAGAUUUUUUGAGUCAAAAUUUGGCCAAAAUUAUGUAACCUUCUUCUGCCUGCAAUUUCACCCCUUCCCUUCUCUCUCUAGUGUUGCUGGAAAGCUGGUGCAGCUCCACCCCUUUUGCUUCCAUCUUUCAAUUCGAGACUCUUUUCUUGGAUUUUUUUGGAUAUUUGGGUGCAUCUCAAGCAGGGGGAUCCCAAUUCGAAAUCACUUUUGCUGUUUUAUAGCUGGAUCUUGGAGUAGUGAAAGUCAAAGCUUCGUGGUUACUGUUCAUUCAGCGACCAAUUGACAAGCAUCGAAGGAUAUCCGUCAAACGCGAAGUACACUGAGAGCAAACAUGCUCGGGAAUGAAGAAUCCGGCACACUUUUGACCCUGCUCAAAGCCUGAGACGAUCCACACCAGUCGUUGGAAUCCAUAGCCGACGAUUUCAAACCAAAGCUCAUUCUUCUCGCCACUUCAAUUCCUGCGUCUCUCUCGCCUUGAUUCUCGAGGUCCAUACCAUAAUACCUGCGUCUCUCUCGCCUCUUUCUAUUUUUUUUCAAAAUUUGGAACAAGAUUGAAGUUGAAGUGGUGUUAUCUCUGUGAAAUUCUAUGUACUCUGAAUUUCUCUGUAGGAACUCGGCUUCUUAAAUUAGCAAUAGAGGAAAAAUUGAGAACCAUUCAUAUUUUUUCCAUUUUUUUGCCUACUAAAUUCUCAAGUUUUGUUUUGCAGGGAAAGUUUCUUAAACCAGCUCAGAGGUUGGCUGUUUUUCCAUUAUACGGAGUUGCUAAUUGUUGAAUGAAAUUGUUAAAUGUGAAUUUUUUUAUUAAAAAUAUAAUCUUAAACCGAAACACUUUAAAAUUUUAAAAAAAGAACUCAAUAGUCUAACAUUGUAAAUUUGAUAACUAAACUAAGUUAUGUACUCCGUGUACAUAACUUGGGUAGCUUGGAGUCCUUUUUGUUAGUUGAAACUCGAGCUGAACGAGGAUGGUUUGAUGCAGUUUUGAGAGGUUUUUCGUGUUGUUUGCUUUAUGCUGUUUGCUUUAUGCAGUUUUGGAGUCCAGUUUUUUCGUGUUGUUUGCUUUAUGCAGUUUUGUGUGGCUUGGAGUCCUCCUCUUUGGAAAGGUUGCUCGAACCAGGGGCUGCUAUGGAUUGAUGUUUGGGUAAAGCUGGACUGUUUUCUCUUAUAGGUUUUGGUUUCUCUUGGUGAGGCUCAAGUUUUGGAAUGGUCUCUGUUUGUUUUUGUUCUUGGUUGAGGGAUAUAAGUAGAAAGAUUUUUCCUUGUGAUCUUGCCUUUCCUAAUAGACAAUCUAUCAUAUGGUCUCCCAUUUCGUGCUCUUCUCUGAGUGAAUGGAAAACUGUUACGAAUAAAAAUAUGCUAACUCUUCUAUUGUUAAGGGGACUGUGGUGGAUAGAGACCCUUCGAAGUAGAAGAAAAAAAGCAGUGAGGCUGUUUUCGUUCAAAGAUUGAGGACUAAAGUGGAUGCUUUACAAGAAAAUGUUGCUAGAGCAAGAGAUGUAUUCAAAAAUGUUAUUGAGGGGACAAAUAACUAAAUUAGGCAUGCGGAAUGGAUAAUUAGAGUGUGAUUUUUAUUAUGUAAUUAUUAAAUUAUUGAAUGUUAUUUAGACUUGGAUUAAGAUGAUAUACUGAAAGUUUUCCAUGUGUACUUGUAAUUGUAGAACGAGGGGAUACAUUUUGGCAAUGGUGAAGGCAAAGAUCCUCCAUGCUGCCUCUGGUGCCGAAACCCAUCUUGCAUUUUGUAAGGGUCUAUCUGAAUUAUUGAGAAACUCAAAGGAAUUAAAUAAUCACCUGCCAAAGCCACUGCCAAUUCAAGAAGGUCUUGGGCUGGUUAAAAUUUGCAAGGAUGAGGGGUGGAGAUGCUAUAAUGGGGUUCCUUCUGCUACUAUAUGUGAUGAAGAACAGAUUAAUACUGAAAGUAGGGUAAUUGUUGACCUCACUAUGGAGAAAGAGAUGGAAAGUUUGCAAAGGCACACUCCAUUGGCAGAGGUUCCUUUAGACCAGGGAUGUCUGGAUAUUUUUCAUCAAGUUAUCAAAGAUAACAUGAACCUCUUUAGGAAAUCAAUUGCUAGCAAACAAUUUUUGGAUGCUCUCAAUAAAGGACAGAUCCUCAACUACUCAGAGGAAGUCGUUAGGGUUACUAGAGAAGCAAUCAAAAGCUUUGAGUAUAUUGAUGCAGCAACAAUGGAAGGUGCAAGACAUGGAUUUAGACUAUUCUUGGCUCACCUUAAUAAGGCUGGUCAUACUCUUGAGAACUGUAAGGAUAAAUCUAUAGGUGAGGAGCAACCUCAUUCUAUCCCUUCAUCCAUUUCUAAAUCUCUGUUUGAUUCUGACAUUGGAAGGACUCACAGUAACCUCUCUUUUAGUAGUGGUGCUAUAGCCAUCCAACCAGUUUCAACAUUAGCAGCCAAGGAGGGGUCGUUGGUAUUGAAUUCAACUCAGUCUUCUCCAAAUUUAGAGCUUUUUUCAGAUGGUGUCAAUGCUACUCAAUCCUUUCCAAUUGAUGAUCAAGAUGCUUUGCAAAAACCCCUACUUACUGCAACUCCAGCUCCUUCCAAGCAAGCAGUUUCUGCCCCUUUUGAUGAAUGUAAGAAGGGUCUUAAUGCUAAUUGCUCAAAUGAGCCUCCACUGAACCACACGGCCAGAGCUUUAAACAUUCAUGCAUUACCUUUCCAGCCCUCUAUUCCAGUUUUGAAGCAAGGGAAAUCUAUCAAGGAAUUGAAAGAGUUGACAAUGGAAACAGAGCAAAAGGCAAACAGUGGAGGUCUCCAACAAGGUAAGUCUCUUAAGGAAUUGAAAGCAUUGGCAUUCCAUAAGGAGGCAGUUCAAACAAAGUCGGUUACCACCAAACCCUUGGGCCUUUUAGACUUGAAGCUAAUUUAUGAACACUCCCCACAAAUCAGCCUCAUUGAUAUGUCUUUUGGGAUGAAUGGAGAAGAUCAUAAGAGGCAAAAGGACGGGGGAGUUGAGGUUUCUGAAUUGGCACAUGACAAAAUUGAGUUGCCUGUUAAUGAUGAAGACUCUUACACUCUAGAGGCUGAAAUGGAGCUUGAUGCUAUUCAUUUGUUGGAUGAUUUCAAUCCCAAAGGAGGCCUUGUUUGGUUUUUAGAUUUGAGGAGGAUUGCAGUUAUCUUUUGGUUUUAGUCGGGCUUGUGUUGGGGUUGAGCCUGCCCCCUCCCUUUGUAUCGUCUUUCUUUUAUUUAUAAAUAAGGCAGAGCUUCCCUG